AUGCCAUCCGUCUUCAAAAGCAUACGCAAGACCUUCACCAAGUCGUCCGAGAGCAAAGCAUCCAAACGCAAGAGCUCCACGCUAACCGCGGCGCCGGCGCCACUUCAUACGGCGGAAACCACGAAAACCACGCAGAUCCUCGAAUCUCCUCUCACCACGGAUGCAUCCAGUAGUGUCCAAGGAUCUGCAUCAACGUCCGCAUCCACCGCAUCUACCUUUGGAACCAUCGACAGUCGCGUACAUUCGAAUUCUACCGAUUCGAGCGGCGGAAGAAGGAGGACGUUUCCUCUCGACAUCGCCAAGCAGGCUGUCGAUCAAAUCGUCUCAAGAUCGGUCAUCUCCGUCGACUCGAUCAAGGUCAGUGAUUUAGCUUCUGAUGGCUUUCUCCUCAGUCUGCACAUUCGAAUCGGCAAGACAGGCCCGACAAAAGCGAAGAUCACCUUCCCCGACGGCCUUGGCCUCUACCUCAGCCCUACAGAUACGAAAAGAGUCGGGAUCGUCAGCUUGCCUCCGAUCAAGAUCAGGAAUGCGACCAGGACCAGUGGUCUGACCGUAGAAGGCCGGCUUACGGCUCCCGCGACAGGUACUUCGUCUUCAUCAGGGGGGCUCGACGCCCUCUUCCGCGCUCUUUUGACUGCGAAUAGCUCCACCACCUUGAAGGUUGCCUCGUCCACCACCGAAGUGAAAGCGUACGGCAUGUCCUUCAAACGGAUCCACCUCGAGAAACAAAUCAUCCUUCAGGGAUUGAACCAUCUCGACGGUCUCCUUUCCUUCGGUCCUGCAUCCACGACGUCUUCCUCCAACAACCUUCACCGCAGACCUGUCCAAGGCUUUGAAAUUGUCGACGGUCACCCAACGUCUGGCAUCUCGUUCAAAGCAGAGGUGCAGCUCAACAAUCCGGCAGAAAUCACAGCAAAACUCGGCGACAUUCGUCUGAAGCUGCAGACCGAUAUGGACGAACUCAAAGCCAAAGAAUCCGACCAGAACGGCUUCAUUGGAGAGGUUGUUUUGCCCAAUCUCUCUCUGAAACCUGGCUCCGCCACCAUCGCCAUCCAGGGAAACGUGCUAGUCGCACCUGAAGGCGAUCCUGCGCGCAUCGGCGGCGUCACGUUGAUUCGAUAUCUUCUCGAGAAUCGCUCCAUCUCGAUCAACGUGGUGGGCUCGGAGUCGUCUUCCGAUAUCCCGUGGAUUGCCGCGCUUUUUUCGAACGUCCGCAUUUCGGCGAUGCUACCAGCUCUCGGACUCAGUUCCAAGCUACUCGACGGCGCAUCUCUGGUUCCCCCUGACGAGCUUGACGCGUUGCCUGCUCAAUCUCAACAGCUUUAUGCCCGCGCCACGCUUCGCAAUCAACUGGGUCCGCCGCUUCACAUCAGCUCACUCAAAGUCAAAGCGUAUCAAGACUUCGAGCCUGAUACAACAGGGUCGACAUCUGACCCCGCAAUUCGUGACUCGAUUUGCCUCGGAGACAUUGUAACUCCUUCUGACUGGCCCACGCUGACGCUUGCUUCAGACAAUCCCGUUCAUGCCAGUCUUCCCUUCACUCUUUCGGCCGGAGGAGCCUCGUACGUGCGUAUCCUCCAGAACGAGGCCAAGAGGAAAGGUAUCGAGCUGAAUCAGAAUCUGGAAGCAGCACUGGCGCUCAUGCCAAAGGGCAAGAUGGGACAAGACAAACCUACAGCUCGAGCUCCGCCGCCACAGAAACGCGACAAGGAUGCACCACAGGAAGCGCUCGAUCUGCCCAACCUCGUCGCUAGUGCUCUCUCCUCACUCAAAGUAUCGGCCCAUGUCAUCGCCGACGUGUCGAUCGGCGACUAUCGAAUCCCUGGCGAGAUCAACUUUGUCCAGCAUCAGCUGCCCAUCGCCAUCACGGUCAAGACAGCGCGUAGCAUUCUGCCGACCGUUGGCGCUCCGCUCGUCGAUGUCCUGAUCGAUCAGGCUCAGGUGUCCAUCACCAAGUUGAAGAUUCUUGAUAUGGACGAGAAAGGACUCAACGUCGAAGCCGACCUCGGCUUGGUUGACUUUGGACCUCUGGACGUCGAGAUCCACCUGGUGCAAGGUCUAAACAUCACCACACCUGCCUUGGGGUCUGAAGCCGAGUCGGAAGUGAUCGCACGCAUUGUCUUUGCGGAACCUCUGCGUGGAGUUGCAGGAAGCGACGAGCUGAUCAAGACUCAUCUGCGCAUCCUCCCAGCGGCAGGCCCAAAGAGCGUGACCAACUUUGCAGCCUUCGUCUCUGAGCUCAUUCGCGGUGACGAGCUCCCGAUUCGGCUGUCGUCCGACGCUUGCCGAGUUGUAGCGGGUGGAGCUGAUUUUCCAGCUGUCUUGACCAAGUUUGUCACCUUGCCAGGCCUCGGCGGUCUGCAGGGGCUGACACUCGAUGAGUUCGACAUCUUUGACGAGGUCGCAGCUCCAACGGGUCCCGGACGAGGUAGAGCACUGAGCUCUGCCUCCGCGUCCAGCGCCGGCUCUAUUCCUCUCGGCCUCAAGGAGAAAGCGUUCAAGAUCAGGGCUAGGGUCCGAGUCCCGCACAAGGGCUCCGUCGCGGUCGCUCUGGCCAAGAUCGAAGCCGGUGUCGAGUUUGAAGGAGUGCAGAUCGGCAUCAUCACUGCUGAGGAUAUCGUCUUCACUCUGACCGCGACUGACGUCGAGUUCGAUGCCAAUGGCUACAUUUUCAUUGGCAGCGAGUCUCUGAAGGAGCACCAACCCAUUGCACAGUACAGGCAAGCCGCUCUGGACGCGUUCGGCCGACUCGCCACCACCCUCUUGUCUGGCACGCCCGCCGACCUCACCAUCUUGGGCUAUCGAGCAUUUGCAAUGGGAGAGAUGCAGCACAUCUCUUCAAGCCGGACUCAGGUGCCGGCGCAUCUCCGAAGCAAAGUGUCAUCGACUUCGAUGCAGAAGACGCUUUCCGCCUCGGCCCCUUCCAGAACGUCCAGGACGGCUUCUGUCAGCACGUCGGGAAGCGUGACGUUCGCACAGAGGCAGGUGCCCUGGCUGGAUCAAGCUUUCCAGAAGGUGUCGGCCAAGACAGUCCUCCACCGACAGAUCAGUCCGGUCAUCAAAGGGAUGCAGAUCAAGCAGCUCUUUGCGAGCUUCCGUCGGGAGCAGCCGAUGGACGCCGACAUUGACGAGAUCGCCUUCGAGGUCCAAGUGCCGCUCAGUGUCCGCUUCGAGGUUCUGUCCGUCCAGGCAGACAUCGAGGUGCACUUUGAGGGCUACGGCUGUGUCGGAACCGGAUUGAUCGACACGAACGUGCAGUCAUGCACUCCGAUCGAAGAACGCGAGCAAAGUGUUGUUGAAGAUGGGCCCGCGAAGUCAUGCCGUAUGGUCCGCCUCGCUCCUGGAUCGUUCAAGCUUGUCACCAAGCCGACUGAGGGACUGGCACAGCUCAUCGCACACAUUGCCGAUUGCGAAGAGACAAACAAGAUCAGCAUUCGCGGCAAGGCUCGUGCUCGCGUCGAGGUCGCGCUCGGGGAGGUCUACGUCGACGUCGAUCUUGGAAAGCAGCCUCACAUCCUGCACAUGGACGGCGUGCGCGGGCUGCGUUCUAGCCCCGUUCAGUAUACGAAUCUGCAGGUCGUCGACGCGUCCAGUGACUUUUUGAAGAUCGUCUUUUCGCUGUACCUCAAUAAUCCGUCCAAGACGUUCCAGCUGGCGCUUCCGGACACGGAGCUGACCAUGGCCGCCUUUUAUCGGGGAUGCUACGUGGGAAGAGCUCACAUUGCCAAGGGUUUCAAGCUCGAGUCUGGACCGGUCGCGGUGCACGACAUCUACUUUCGCUACUGUCCACCGCUCGACCAGGAGAAGUCGGUGCGCGACAUCCCCGCCAACUUCCUGUCGGGCCGCACGACAACGCUCGAAAUCAGAGGUGACGACGAGUCGAGCGAGAUUCCCAUUCUUAUCCCCGCGCUCAAGAACAUCCAUCUUUCGUUCGAGCUCAGGCCGAUGAUGGAUCGAACCCUCAUCGAUAGCAUUUCCAUCACGCUCGGCGUCACUGCUCUGACGGCUCAUUCGGUUGACGCAGUAUUUGUGGUCAACAAUCCGCUCGGUGUACCUUUCGAUCUGUGUGCUAUGUCGUUCAUGGCUUCGUACAAGGGGCAGCCAUUCGGCAGCUGCACGGUCACGUACGAGUCUGAGCAUCCCCUGCGAGUGCCUUCGGGCACUGUCAAGCAACCUGGUCAGCAGCGCAGCUCUCCUGUCGCGGUCACCCUGGCUCAACCACUCGAAAGCACGGUGGGCGCCUUUCUCAAAAGCAAGGGCACCAUCAUGCUCGAUCUCGAGGUGACUGCCCGCGUCGAGAUUCAAGGCUUCAAGAUUCCCGUCUUUAAUUAUCAUCAGCCAGCGCUGCCGCUCAGCAUCAAGGGCUUGGACGGCAUUUCCAAGAUCAUGAAGUUCCUUGGUUGA